AUGAGACAGAGAGAAGUUAGUAGAUUCGGAAGGCUGACAUUAAGCCUUAGUAUCUGCUUCGAUCUCCAUAAGUCUCCCAAAUGGAGAAGAAAACAGAUGAGGAAGAGACGAGAGGCUAAAGAUGAAGGCGAAGAACAAGAAGAAGUCAAGAAGAGAGUAGAGGUGAUGAAAGCAGCCGCACAGGCUUGGCUCAGCCGCUCCCAAAACUCUGAAAGCACCGUUCUGGAGUUCGAAGCGCGAAGAAAGCAAGCUUUUGUGAGAGGUAAACCUUCACGUUUCAAAAUGGAGGCAUUGUUGUCUACAACAAAGAAGCAUCGUCAUCACUCUUUUUUGGACUGGGAAUACGGACAGUCCUUGUGGGAUCCAUACGAGAUUCUUUCCGUCUUUAAGAAACUGGAACGCGCACUCACGUUAGAAGAACAUACUUUCUCUGCGGACUAUGCCAUCAAGAAGAAGAAUAUGGACUGCAGAAAGAGCCUUAAGAGUUUGUUUACCAGUUCGUCUUCGAGGAGAUUUUAAACAAAUUCAUAAGUGAGUAUACAAAUACAAUACGAGCGUCUUCAUUUGCUCGUUUGUUUGCCAACAGUUGCAGGUGAGAUUACUUUUAAAUCUUUAAUUGAACAUUAAUAUACAUUCGUACGUUCAAAAUGCAAAAAAUGUUAUCAGCUGAGAAAGGGAAACCAUCAUCAAGCCAUAAAAUCAAUUUUAAAACACUGGUUAACAGGUU